UCAUUCAGGUAAUGCACUCGGGAACACACGUAGACAGGACAUUUACAGUCUCAGCCAUGAGGGUGUUUUGUUUCCUUCUGGCGCUUGGUGCCGCGGGCCUGUUGCCCCGUUCUGAAGCCUGCCCAAAGUACUGCUACUGUGACAGUUACCAGAAAGAUGAAUACUCGGUGAGGUGCAAAGGUGCGAACAUAACAGCCAUCCCGAGGGAUAUUCCAAAGAACACAACAAUGUUGGAUAUCAGUUUCACCCCGAUUACCAUGUUACGGACAGGCGACUUCGUUGACAUGCCCAAACUAAAACAGCUGAACGUUUGGUGGAACCUCAACUUGACCAUAGUCGAACUGGGGACCUUCGACAAUCUACCGACCAUCACGUCACUCGGGCUGUUCAACAACUCCUUCACCAAGCUACCGACCGGACUGUUCGACAGCUUGAAGAACUUGAAGACGUUUGACGCUCACAACAGUAAGCUGGAGAUGAUCCAACACGGUCUGUUCACCAACCACCCUGCCCUGCAAGAGAUCAGGCUAUUCUUCAACUACAUUGCUACACUGGAAGAUGCCGCCUUUGGUGGUCUUCCUCAUCUGACCUCCUUGUAUCUCAGUUCCAACAGUCUUACGUCCCUUAACCCGUCGGCUUUCAAGGGUUCGCCUAAGUUGAAAUCCUUAAGUGCUGACAACAACGCCAUCACAGCCAUUGGCAAAGAUACCUUUGUCGAAACUAAUUUUGAGGUGUUGUACCUCAGAAGUAAUGAAAUCAAUACUAUAGAUAUCAAUGCAUUCUCCCAUCUGAAAGCUCUCCAGUUUGUUGCUUUGGAUCAAAACAACAUCAAAGGCUUAAAAGGUGUCUUUAAAGACCUUCCUCAACUUCAGUCUGUUUCCCUGUAUGCUAACCAACUAACUAGCGUCGAGGGUGCCUUCCAAAAUGUCCCUAAGCUGGAUACACUUUCGUUGAAUGGAAAUCAAAUCUCGAAGAUCAGUAAAACCACAUUCGACGGUGCCCCUGCCUUGACCUCUUUGACCAUCAACAAUAACGCCAUCACAGAGGUUGAAAGUGGGGCUUUUCGCAACCUCGACAGACUUUUAACACUUUACAUUGACCACAACCAGAUUCCGGAAAUCUCCUUGGCCGGGCUGCGUUCUCUGCAGACUCUCACCAUUCACUCCAACAACUUGCACAGUUUCCCGAGCAACCUGGAAGAUGCCAACCAGCUCGAGUACCUGUGGUUGAACAACAAUCCAAUCGAAGAACCACUGAAUGAGCAAUUUUCAGUUUUGCAUAGGCUCUCCAAUCUGUUAAUGUCUAACAUCACCAGUCUGAAGUUGGCGGGGACACUGAAUCCAAAGGCACUAUGUGGUUCUGACGCCCUUGGCGCUGUGUGGCUGAAUUACAAUGGUCUGACUUCAAUACCACCCACAACCUUCGAGUGCACGCCGUAUAUAUCUACAAUAUGGCUUUCGAACAAUAGUCUAACGGAACUGAGUCCCCGUUUGUUUCGCGGUCUCACAGAGCUGAGUUCUCUGCACCUUUCAAACAACCAACUCAGCCGCCUGGACCCUGACACCUUUCUCGGUCUUGGGAAGCUCAGGUCUCUGUAUCUGAGUGGAAACAAUUUUACCAACAUGGCACACGUAGCUCCGGCGAUAGCAAACCUUCCCAUUCUGCUGUACCAAGCUCUGGAUUACAACCCAAUUGUCUACCUUGGCCGCGAGUCCUUCCCAAUGCCAAUGAAGCAUGUCAACUCGUUUUCUGUAUCCAAGUCGCAUCUUCGUGUCAUAGACGAGGGGGCGUUUUCCGACGUUACAUUUCCCAAUCUUACUCGGCUGGAGCUUGAGCAGGACGAUUCCCUGCACUUCCUGCCAGGCAAUAUGUUGGAGGGUCUCGACAAUCUCACAACCAUGAUCGCGUACGGCGACCCUUUCCACUGUGACUGUCAGCUCAAGGCCUUCGUCACCUGGCUACGUGAACGAGUCAAUCCACCGUACGUCAGCGCGACCUGCGCCAGUCCGCCGAGCCUUCAGGGCAAGGACCUGACGGACAUUCCCCUGGCCAGUCUGACGUGCGACUGCCAACAGGUGGCACCUCCUUCUAUCGAUACGAGCGGCAGUGAUAACUUCACUCACGAGGGGCAGACCGCCAUGCUGAACUGUAAGAUCUCAGGCUGUCCCGUAGCCGAGUUUGUGUGGACCACUCCAACCGGAGCCAUGCUGGCUGUGGAGUCGGGGUUCCCCAGGAUGGAGGUACUGAGCAGCGGCACGCUGGUGGUGACAGACGCGAGGGAGGAGGACACGGGAGUGUACACUUGUACUGCUGUCAACUACCGCGGGAAGACCAGCAAGGAAGUGGCGCUGCACGUGGGCAACAAACACUAGCUAGUGGACCAGAAGGCCUACGCAAAUGUACGCAAAUGAGCCCUUCCACAAGAUCGCUAAAAUGCCUUGCUGUGCUGACAAAUAAUGGCAGCCUAAUUCUUUCAUUGCCUACGCUAAGAAGUUUAUGUUUCAUUGAAUGUUUCUAUGGAUUCAAGUGCUUAGCUUUUUGUAGAUCAUGAGGAAUGGAAUCUAUAUCGACAGUGUCAGAAAAGGGUGAAUUGUGAAAGGGCUAAAUUGUUUGGAAUCCUGUUUAUUAGGUUCGGCAUGUAAGUCCUACUGAGGGAACAAUGCUAGCUUCUGAAAGGUUGUAUUGUACGUGUGCCAUUAAAAUUUGAAAUUCACGCCACACAAUGCUUACGCGGCAUGAUGAAUGUGAAAUGAUCUCACCUAGCGGACGUUACGAGCACGACAGCCCAAUCUUUUGCUCUGGCCGUUCUUUGACGGGGGUUAAUGAUCAUCUAACCCCUCCGCACGAGAUGGGAAUAUCGGGUAGGAAGAAUGAUGCUCUCUGUAUUCAAGAAAACGUUACCGGUAGGAAGGACGCAAAGCCACCUAUCCGACGGCAGCUUGAAAUGAAAAGCCGUGAAAAUGAUUGCUUCUUUGAUAAACGGAUUUCAAGGCUCUAUCUCCAACAGCAUGCUCUGUCGUACGUAUCAGAUUACCUGCAAGAUUGGCUCAUUUUCUGGGUCAAUACUUGACGCCUAGGAAAUAUGAGAGAAGAAUCAAAAUGAGUAUCUACAUCACUGGUGAUCCUUACUAUACCCAAUCAUCUGGUUGGUAUACAUUUCUUUAUUGAUCUUAGUAAUAGCAGCGCUAUUAUAUAUAAGGCAGCUUGCAGUUCCACGAGAACGGUGCUUUUGAUGACCGUAUAUUAAAGGCGAAGUGGGUGCUAGAACUGACUAUGGCUAUCAAUGUGAAAGAUCGUAUCUGA